AAUCGACAAGGUGGUUCAGAGUAAAAGUUAAAGCUAUCCUCCUUUUCUUCCCAAGCCGCCAUUGUCCUCUGUUUGUGAAACCUCUCUUCUCCUUCCCUAGUUCCACAGAGCAACAGGAAGAACAACAAUGGCUGCUGCUCUCCAAGUCGACCGCCAUCCUGCUGGAUUCUUCCGAGUCAUCCUCCCCUGCUUUCCGUACGAAAAGGAAAUGGAUCUGCCCCUGAAGUUUGUGGUGGUGUAUGGGGCCGACCUCUCUUCUACAGCCACGUUCAACCUACCCGACGGAUCCGUUUGGAAGAUCGGCGUCAACAAAGGACCGGAUGGCCGCUCAGCUUGGUUUAGCGAGAACUGGGGUCGAUUUGUGGACCACCAUUCGAUAUCCAUCGGCUUCUUCCUCGUCUUUCAGUACCUUGGCAGCUCGGAGUUCAAAGUGAAGAUAUUUGACCUCAGCUGUUGCUCUAUCAGCUACCCUCUUCCCUCCGGUAACAGCAGCGAGCAGAGUGGCAGAGGCAGAGCUCAAGCAGUUUCACCCAAUCAAGUUGUGAGCCCUGAAGAUGAAGAUGGCAGCCAGGCUGGGGAGGUGGAGACAUUGUUGAAGCGUGUGAAUGAAAGUGGCAUUGCCAAGGGUCGUAAGUUUGCUCGAACAAUAUCCAAGUUUUGGAUGAAGUCGAAGAAGGGAGUAGAGGAAGCUAUUCUGUGCAAGCCGCACAAUCGCCCUUGUUUCCUGAUGCUGAUGACUUGUGCUUUGAUUAAAGGGAAGAGCAUGGUUUCCAUGCCGAGUGCAUUUGUGGCAGAGCACAUCGAAGAUGGAUGGACGGGUGUGAAGCUCCAAGUGCAGCAGGGGAAGAAGCAAUGGGAUGUGAAUUUGAACAGGGUUCGGGGAACCCAGAUGCGUUGUAUGGAUAGAGGUUGGAAGGGAUUCAGUAAUGACAACGGUUUGGGAGUCGGGGAUGUGUGUCUGUUCCAGCUGGUUUCUCCGGUGGAGCCUGUGCUGGAAGUCGCGGUGUUUCCUGCCGAGAAGUGACAUCAUCCUCACCGGAGUUGGUGGCAGCAAGUUGCAUCCCCAAGUUGUUUCAGUAUUCUCAAGCGCUUAUGUUCGAAAAGAGUUGUAGCGUUUUAGUAGGAUUAUGAAAUGCUUUUUGUUAUUAGUUUAGUUUAUGAGCCUUAUUGGUAUGUGAUAUGGAGGAGUGAUUGAACAGUUGGGUGGUGUUGAUGGACAUAUUAAGCAAAUCAUUAGCAAGAUAAUCAUGUUAAAAGCUAACUGGAGUAGAAUAUAAGGGAGAUAAGAUCGAAGGUACCAUAUACAUG